UUGAGAAAAGAAUUAGAAUAUCUAAAGUCUACUGAAUGGAGGUAUCAACCAAUUGAUGGAUACAAAUAACCAAAUAAAUACAUGCUUUUCAAGUUAAUAUUUAUUGUAUUAGUGAAUACUAUCGUAGUUUAAUAAACAUGUUAUCUUUAAUAAUAAAUACUGCCAAGUACAUUUUUGAGAAAACUCAAAAAAAGGAGCUUCAAUAUGAAGAAAUUCUCAAAAAAUAUCCAGCUAUAAUUGAAGAUCCCAAUGAUUCUGAUAAUUCAUCAGAAAUAAAUGAACAACCUAAUGAAGGAUGCUUCUAUAGAGAUGGAAUUGUUACAAGUGUUGGAACUGAUAAUGUGAUUAUUGAUGAUCGUUAUGUUUGUAAUUUAAUUAAUUGUCCAGACAAUAUAGAAAAAGGCAAUAAAGUAUAUUACUUAGCAUUCCAAAAAAAGUCACAAAAAGACAUUAGAAUACGUAGAAUAAUAUCAAUAAUCAAUGAUAUUUGGGAUCAAAACUGUGAAGAAAGUAAUGUUAAAAAAAGUCAAAUGAUAAAGAAAAAUAUUGUUGCCAAAGUAAUAAAACGUAAAGGCAGAAAUGUAAUGUUAGAACCAGCAAAUAUUUUUUUAGAUUUAGAUGAAAUUCAAUCAACUUUUGUACCUUAUGUUGGAGAUUGGUUAGUAUUAGAAUCUUUAGUAGAGCUUGAUCCUAAUUCUGGAGAUCUUGGUGGAGAAAUAUUAGAGGUUAACAGGAUACAACCAUUAAGAUCUAAAUUAAAAACAGGAAUAAUUGCAAAAUAUGACUCUCAAACAGAAACAGGAUCAGUAGAAAAGAAUGUAGUAUUCAAUAAAGCCUCAUGUCAACCUGGUUACAUUCCACAUAUUGGUGAUAAAGUCGUUUAUGAUUGCAUUGAAAGUGAUCAAGGAAUUUAUUCCUGGAGAUGUUUAUCAGUUGUUCCACUCAUUCAAACUGCUGACGAUGAAGAAACUUUGACUACUGGAAGUUUCCCUAAUAUAACACCAAAGAAAUUAAAUUUACUUUUGAAGAAUAAAUUUGAUAUAAGUAUUACAGAUGAUUUGUUUUUUAAUUUAAUACUCAAUCAAGAAGGAACUCUGGAAGUUCUUGUUAAAAAUAAUGGAGCUGUUGAUCAGACUUUAGUUAGAGGAGUUUUUAUGUCAAAAAGAUCUCAAUCUCAAUUAUCUGUAGAAUCGCAUAAUGUUCAUGAUCCAAUGAUAUUCAAACCAGGUGAAUCAAUUGUAUACGUUUUUAAAUGCUCUGCAAAAUUUAUGGGAUUGACUGAAGAAUUAUUUAUAUUUAACUUUAAAAAUUUUUCCAUUGGUCGUAUAUUCAAAAUAUUUGUCGGUUUGAAAAAUUCAGUAACUACUACAAGUAUAACAAAUGGAAAUUACGAUUUAAAUAAAUUAGCAAGACAAGAUAAUCAUGAUCAAGGUUCUUAUAUCCCUGGGAUUCGACCAUAUAGACCUCCUAAUUUUAUAGCUGUUCGAAAUGGUGUUUUUAGGGUUCCUCAACGAUUUUGGAAUAUUGUACUUCCUUGCAUCAAUGAAAAAUUAUCCCAAGCUACCACUGAAGCUGUUGUAGGCAAUGAAUUCCAAUUUUUAGAUGAUGGACUAACAUUUGAAAAUUACAAAAAUCGUUUCCAUGCUUUAUUAUAUUUAGAAGAAAUUAGUAUGAGAGUUGAUCUACAAAAAUACGAUAUGGACAGUGCAAUUAUGUACCCUAGUGAUGAAUAUUUAGUACUUAAAGUACCUGGUCUUGCUGAAAGACGUCCAUCAUUAAUUUGUGGAGAUCGAGCCAUUGUGAAUUUUAAAUGGGACUCGUCUCAAGGCAAACUCAAGUAUGAAGGAUUUAUUCAUAAAAUAAAAAGUUCUGAAGUAUAUUUAAAAUUUAAUCCAAAAUUUCAUGAUACAUAUAAAAAUGAAGACUGCCAAAUUUCAUUUAAAUGUUCAUUCUCAAAUUUAUCACGUUGUCACAACGCAGUGAAUCUCGCUAUGUCGAAUUUGGGAUCUGAAAUUCUCUUUCCAAAUUUAGUAAAAGAAAAAGAACCACAAAUUAAUUUAAAAGAAUAUGAUAUAGGAGAAAUGAAUUUGAAGAAAACAUCAUCCAACUUGAAGUCUUCUGAAAAUUUUGAUGAGUCUACUGAUUUAUUAUCUAAAAUAGAAAGAGAGCCAAAAGAACAAAAAAAAUCUAGCAAAAAUAUUGAGAAUUUAGAUUUUUAUAAUGCACAAAUAAAAAAACGUAAAUUAUUUUGGUAUAAUAAACGACUGAACUGCUAUCAAAAAGAAGCAGUCAAGAAUAUUCUAACUGGAGUAUCUAGACCUCUUCCUUACAUCAUUUUUGGACCUCCAGGAACUGGAAAAACUAUAACAUUAUGCGAGGCUAUACUUCAAAUUCUAACAAUAAUUCCAGAGAGUCGAUUGCUCAUUGCAACACCUUCAAAUAGUUCUGCUAAUUUAAUUGCUGAAAGACUUCUUGAUAGUAAGGUUCUAAAACCGGGAGAUUUAGUGCGUUUAGUGGCUCGACAUUGCUUGGAUGAUGACUCAAUACCAGAAAAAUUAUUGCCUUACUGUGCAACUGGAAAUCUAGCAGCAGAAAGAACUACAAAAGUUCCUGAAUAUUCUGGAGAAGGGUGUAGAAUUAAUUGUACUAUGAGUGUACUCGGUCGACAUCGUAUAACAGUUGGUACCUGUAUUGCUUUAGGAUUGCUCCAUAAUAUGGGUUUUCCAAAAGGACAUUUCACUCAUAUCAUUGUUGAUGAAGCAGGUCAAGCUACAGAACCAGAAAUUAUGGUACCUCUAACAUUUAUUCAUGCAAAUUAUGGACAAAUUAUUUUAGCUGGAGAUCCAAUGCAACUUGGACCAGUAGUUAACAGUAGACUUGCCAAUUAUUUUGGUCUAAGUGAAUCAUUUUUAGUUAGAUUGUUACAACAAUUUCCUUAUCAAAGAGAUAUGGAAGGAUUUAAAACUGGAUAUGAUCCUAGAUUGGUGACAAAAUUGUUGAUAAAUUACAGAAGCCUUCCAGAGAUUCUAGAAUUACCUAAUUCGAUGUUUUAUGAAUCAGAAUUACAAGCAACUGUAAAUCCUUUAACUAGUUCUGAAGCUGAAUUAUUGAAAAGUAUUUCAGCUGAAUUACCGCCCAGAGAGUGUUUACCACCAGCGUUGAUAUUUCAUGGUAUUGUAGGAGAUGAUUGUCAAGAUAAUGAUAGUCCUAGUUGGUACAAUCCUACAGAAGCGGCACAAGUCUACAGCUAUCUUGUGAAAUUGUACAGUUAUGGUUUAACUGAGGAAGAUAUUGGAGUUAUAACACCGUAUAAAAAACAGGUGGCAUAUAUACGUACUUUGUUGUGGGAUUUAGAUAUGCUUUUGCCGAAAAUUGGCAGUGUUGAAGAAUUUCAAGGACAAGAACGAAAAAUAAUUAUUAUUUCAACUGUAAGAUCAAAUUCAACUUACGUUGAUAAUGAUAUUAAACAUGCUCUAGGGUUUGUGGCGUCUCCUAAGCGAUUAAAUGUUGCCUUAACUCGAGCUCGAGCUCUUAUAAUUAUCCUUGGUAAUCCAUAUUUAUUAUCGCAAGAUCCAUAUUGGCGAAAUGUUUUGGUUUAUUGCAUAAAUAAUCACUCCUACACUGGUUGUAAUUUUUCUUUUGCAAAUCAGAAUGAUGAUAAUAAUGAAAGUGACAUUAAAACUGAAUAGAAAGAGGUUCUUUUUUUAUUAAGAUGAUGACAACUUUAAUUAUAAACAUUAUGAAGUAACUGUGUUUAGUUUCCUAUUUUACAAAAAAUUGAUUGGAAAGAUUUUUGUUUUGUUUCUUCUGAAAGAUGAAUAAUAAUUUUGGUUUUUUUGUAUUGCAAAAAAUUGUAUUAAAA